CCGCAUCAUCUAAAGAUCUCUACUCAAGGUUGCUUUGGAAGAAUCUGACUCGACUUCAAAGUUGAGCUGACAAACUUACCUUCAACCCUUCAAAGUGCAAAGUUCCUGCCUGGAGGUAUUGGUGAUCCACUGCUACUAGACACGGAAGCCCGUUAAGCGAAAGCUAUUUCUUCCCCAACCAUUUUAACUUAUGUUGCGGCUUCGACCAGUUCAUUAUUUUCGUUGCUCGUACUUCACAGGUUCUUUCAGUUAUAUUAGCGAAGAACUGUUUCAUCCUGAUCAUUUACACGUAAAAACGAUAACGAAUCUUCUUCUCGGCGUUCACGAUCAGCUAGGAUUGCCGUGGGGACUGACAAUUGCAACCACUGCUAUCCUAGUACGAACAGUUGUCGCUGUUCCAUUGUAUAUUUACGCUGAGAGGAACCAAGCUAAAGUUUCACAUAUUGCAAUUGAAUGUCAACAAAACCGACAGAUGAUACAAGCGAAACUUAGUAAUGCUGAGUAUUAUCGUAAUUUAAGUAAUAAGAAACAAUUACUUCUUGAAAAUCAACUGUUCAGACGUUUCUUCAUUAAAACAUGUGAAGAAAAUGGAUGUCACCCAUUGAAGUCGUCAGUUACAGGAAUAAUCCAAAUCCCAUUGUGGCUCACAUUUACAUUCUCCAUCAGAUACUUGAGCGGAUUCCAACUGUAUCCGCAAUUCGAUUCCAAUCAUCUGAUCGCCGAUUCGUCUCUCAACGUUCCGUGCUCAGGUUUCCUGCUUCCCUUCAUGUGCACGUUAGCCGGGGUGGCAAAUGUUGAACUGGCGUGUUUAAGACGGCCUCUGUUCUUCAAUCCGAAAUCUAAUUCUGUGAUACCAGAUCCUUUACCUUAUAAUAUUGUGCGGUUUGCUGGUUGGGUUGGAAAUUUCACUCUUUUCGCGUGUUGCAGCUUUUUUCCAAAGGCAUUUGUGAUCUAUUGGUGUACAUCUUCAAUUCAUCAACUAUGUGUACAUCUUCUGAUAAUGCACCCUUAUUUACGAAGAUUAUUUGGUUUAUGGACCAUACCCCAUGAGGGACAGUACCCGUAUAAAGUCCUACUUAAAUCGAUGUAUCAUCGCUAUAACAUAUCAAAAUGGUUACAAAAUAAAAAGUUAUAAGUAACGAUUAGUUACAAGCUUUUUACUUGUGUCGCACUUUUGAUUAACUUAAUUUCUACUUUUACAUAUUAUUCAUCGGUACUCCCAACAGUGGUACCAGGAAUCAAAAGAUAAAUAAAACAUACGUAUGGAAAAUGAUUUCGUUAAAUUCUUCAUUUCCAAACUGAGAAAGAAAAUUUAACAUGCUAGUAAUGCUGAGAUAGCUGUAAAAGUUAAACGUAAUAAAAGGAUUAUCAUGAAACUUGUUGGUCCGGUGGUAAUCCUCGUAUAACAUCACAUCAUUCAGAUUAAAGUGGAAUCUAGUUAUAUCUACCAGAUAUCUAUUAGUGGGUAACGAGUUGAAUAAUAAAGAUCAAAGAAUAGAGUAACCUAGAAAACCAGGUUAGAAAUGGCUAAUCAGAAUUAGCGCUAUUUUCUUAUGUAGGAAACAACAUGGCGGGACAUGUCGUUUUUGGUGGAUUCGCAAUUAAAAAAUAACCAGUGAGUAUGCUGGCGUCUUCGAUGAGCUACUGUGAUAAGUUUACGGGAUAACUAAGUUGUAAAGGCUUUAUACUCACAACAAUGAUGAAUUGGUGAAGUGUAAAGGGACCAAUUGCAAUGGACAUAGGUAGUGAAAACAUAAAAAAUACAAUGUUUGGUGAUUUCGGAUAUGCUACUGAUAAAAUUUCGAAGAAUUAUACAAAAACCCAUUGUAUAUGCAUUUCUCUCAAAACAAACCGAAGAACCUAUUAAAGUACGACGGGAUUUUUCUCGAAAACUGCCUCAGUUCUUUCAUGAGAUUACGAACUACUGUCUAAUAAAGUGGGGAUUUCCGUCUGAUGAGUGAAAGGUGGUUGAAUUCAGAUUAAUUUAAAAGUCACCUCAAACCAGACUUGCUAUAUCGUACUGCUUAUAAAUUAUUUAUAGCAUGAUGUGAUCAGUUAUAAAUCGCAACGAUCCGUUUAUCUACGUCACUGUGCACAUUUUAU